AUGCUCGCAACAAGAAUACUCCGUGCCGCAAAUGGCGCGAAGCCCAACAUUACCGGCUUCGACAUCAACAAGCUGAGGGCUGCCACUGGUACGCCCAAUGAGGCGUGGCGAUACCAGGGACCUUUCACGAGGUGGAACCGAUUCAAGGGCACCCUUCCCGGCCUCGGAACCGCGACCGUUGCGUUUACGAUCUACUGCCUGUACGAGCACUUCUUCCUCGAGGAUGCCCACCACCACGGACACGGAGAGGGCCAUGGCCACGGCCACGGCCACGGCGAGGAGAAGCACUAA